AUGGCUCGUAAUACCAUGAAAAUGAUUCUUAACGACUUUGACGGUGAUGAGGAAUUGCAGGUAAUAAUGACAGCUGCAAUGGAAGAAGAGGGACUCAAUAGAGAAAGAUGUUCAAGAAGACAUAGUGGUUCCAUUGAAGGCCAUGCAAUUAUUUAUCGCGAUCGAGUUCAAUGCCAUGAGAGACUUUAUCAAGACUAUUUCUCAAAAACAACUAUAUAUCUUGCCCAUUUAUUCAGGAGGAGAUUCCGGAUGAAUCGAUCUCUCUUUCUUCAUAUUCUAUCUACGGUGGAAGCAUACGAUCCAUAUUUUGUCCAGAAAACAGAUGUUGUUGGAAUCAUUGGUUUGUCUUCCCUUCAAAAAAUGGCAGCUACUAUGAGGAUGCUCGUUUAUGGAGUAGCAGCAGAUUCAGUGGAUGAUUAUGUGAGAAUUGGUGAAAGCACCGCCAUAGAGAGUCUAAAACACUUCGUUAAGGCGAUGGUUGCAAUGUUUUUGAGAGAGGUUGUGGCUUCUCAAGAUCUAUGGAUAUGGCCUGCGUUUUUUGGCAUGCCCGGAUCUCAUAACGACAUCAAUAUAUUAGAUCAUUCUUCUGUAUUUUCACUCCUUACUCAAGGUCGUGUUCCUCCAGUCAAUUACUCAAUCAAUGGAAAUGAUUAUACAAUGGGAUACUAUAUUGCCGAUGGUAUAUAUCCGCAAUGGGCAACAUUUGUCAAAACAAUCUCAUCUCCACAAGGGAAUAAGCAAAUAUAUUUUGCAAAAGCUCAAGAAUCGGCAAGAAAAGAUGUUGACCGAGCAUUUGGUGUGCUCCAAGCACGUUUCGCGAUUGUGCGAGGACCUGCACAUUUUUGGAAAACGGAAAUAAUGGAAGAUAUUAUGAUGGCAUGCAUAAUAAUGCAUAACAUGAUUGUUGAAGAUGAGAGGGAUGUCAAUGGAAUAGACUUUAAUUAUGAUACAAUUAGUGAAAGUCUUCCACUAGUGUCUCUUGAGCUUCCACCAGAGCUUUUUGAAUUCAUUCAAAAUCAUCAUUAUUGA